AUGUCGCUGUGGAUUGAGUCGCGUUGGACAGAGAAUCAAGGCAACCCUCGUGCUAAAGGGGACACAGUUAACGUUGUCCAGGAUGACUCCUCGGACCUCCUGGAGGAUGACUCCUUUGACCUAAACAAGUCCUAUCCGUGUGUCGGGCGGCCCCUGUACAAGGGCCAGGCUCUAGAACGCUGGCGUUUUCCUGGAUCCAUAGCAGGUGGGUGCUUCCUGCAACUGGAUCCACUACAGGGCAUAUUCAUUAGUCAGAUUCCGUUGGUCUGUUAAAACGUUUUGCAAUGGAACCCGUUUACUCUAGGAAACAAAUGCAACUAAACCGGGAGGGACCUGCCUGAAACCUUUUGUAACAGAAUCUGUCUAAUGAAUACACCCCUAGUGGUUCCCUCUGGCUCAUACUUGUGGACUAGGAGUUAACAUGGGACUGUCGAACACAAUGGCCGUGAUGUCUGGCAGUGCUCAGGCUUAGUCUCUAGCUCGAGCACAAUUGAAAGAGGCCAUGGCAUCACAAUGCAAAGGACAUGGGCUUAUACUCUAUCAUUACUAGUUCAUGGCAACCCCUGUGUUUGUGUUCUAGCUUGUCAUCACAAGACCCUGUACUGUAACACAAUAACCCCUUCCUCUCUCUAGGUGACUCUCAGAUCUCCUGUAGCUCUGUGGCUAUGAGAGACAUUCAGAUCCCCAGCCAGCAUGGCUCAGGAUCACACAGCCAGUCAGACUCGCUGUCCACUGUGUCCGAGUCAGACAGAACCCUGCUCAGCCUGUUGACCUGUGCAGGAGGCUUUGCGCUGUCAGGACCUCCAGCUGUCCACAACCCCAACAAGGCAGUCCUCACUGUAGACUGCAAGAGCACCAAGGUAGUGCCACUAAUAUGAUUACUAUUGGGCUGUAUAUCAAAUGCUCUCACACAAUGCAAAUGGCUUUGAAAUCAGAUUUAGCUUGAAACUUUUAAAAGGCCUAGUGCAGUCAAAUGUGAUGUUCCUGUGUUUUUAUAUACAUUUUCACACUGAGGUCAGAAUAAUACUGUGGAAAAUGAUGAUCAUGCCAUUGUAGUGUAAGAACUGAAAUUUCAGCCGGUUUUGGUGGGAUGGAGUUUUUUGCCUGCCUGGUGACAUCACCGGGUGGUAAAUUUAGUUAGGCAGAGAGGUUUGGAAUCCAAGUGACCAAACAUUUCAAAGGAGGGAAGACAUUUGGUUGUGUAAUUUCCUUAUAUGCAUUAUUAUUGCCCUGAAUGCAAAACAAGCUGACAAAUUAUAUUAAGAACAUUUCAAAGACAAGAAGAUAUGACUAUAAUCAUCGUUUGAACUUUUCAGUUGAAUAAAAUGUCAUUUGAGGAGUGUUUUUCAACAUUACUCUCCUGUGUUAGGAUCUCUUUCUCACAGCUAGUUUAGUUUUCCCCUCCCCACUCAGACCACUCCCAGACAGUCCUAGCAAAAUUCUUGCUUGAGAAAUUGCUCUUUGUUUUCAAUUAAAGUGGUCAAAAAGAAAGCAACCACAGUAUGGAACUUAAUUGUUACCCAGAAAUGUUUUGAUAUUGAGGUAAAAACAGCUACAUUGAACCUUUAAGUAAUUUGUGUAGUAGAUUAUUGUCUAAUGUAGGAGUUUUUUUUUUUAUAAUUUAAGGCUAAAGAGUGGUCAUUUGCACAAGAGACAAUUUUUGUGUGUUUUGUAGAUAUUGGCUGCAAAUGUGAAGGCAUGCACAUUGUUUGAGUGCACCAGCAAUGAUCUGGUUGGACAAAAGCUGUCCUGCUUCCUGAAGAAGACCAAUCAGGUCCUGGAAGAAGCUUUAAGUGAGGCGUGUCUUCAGACCGAUGGAAAUGUAGCAGUGGUGUCUGGAAAAGUGGUAAGAAUGAUAAAGGCUCAAUCAUUUUCCUUCUGCACAGCCCUCUCUGUUGUUGCUUGUCAAAACAUUGUUAUUUUUCUGUCUUGCUUAGAGUACAUCCAUUGUGUCCUCAAGUGUUUAACAUAUAUUCACACAUCCUUAGAUCAGGGCAUUGAGAUGACGAUCCUGUUUUCUUCUCUGGAUAGUUUGGAUGCAGUGAGCCAGUGUGGUACUGAGGUCCCAGUGUCUGUGUGGACCCAGAGACAGUCACAGGGAGGACAGCAUUGCCUGGUCAUGAUGGAGCGUGUGGAGAGACUCUCAGCCCAUGUGUCCUUCUCACAAGAUGUAAGUUACACACAUGGUUGCAUAUUCCAAGAUGUGGUUUAGUGUGGCAGUUGACAUCCUGCAAAACUCGAGUCAUUUCUGGGUCAUAUUCAUAAGGGCACACAGCAUAUUUUCUGCAACAUAAAAUUCCAGGUAGUCCCUUUCGGUGGUUUUCAGUAUGGUGCCUAAUGAAUACGACCACAGGGCCUCUGUAGCCAGACUCAAUGGGCGAUCACUUUUCCUUCCAGGGGAGCAUCCUGAGCUGUGACCUGGUCUUCGCCCAUCUGCAUGGUUACAGGAAGACUGAGGAGCUGACAGGGAUGUCUAUCAGAGAGAUGAUCCCCUCUCUACAGAUCCCCCUCCACAGCCGCGCUCUGCCCAAGGUCAGCCCUCACACACACACACACACACACACACACACCUAUUGUCCCAUAUAGAGCACUGCUUUAACAUCUCCCUUCCCUCAGAUGCUGAGGGUCCAGAGGGUGUCCAGUCGAAGCAGGGGGGGCACCUCCCUCCUCCUAUGUAUUAAACUCCAUGUGGCGGUGGUGUGUGGGAAACCCCAGCAGCUGAAGGAUGGGGAUGGUUUGGGCUGCCCAGAACCCAAAGACACCCCUGGAGGACCUGAGAACCAGCAGUGUUCCCUCCUCCUCUCCUCCCCAGUCUGCAGAGCACCAGAGCACUGUGAGCAGCCACAUAGAAAGGAACUAUCCUCUGGUAGGACAGUGCUAUUCUAAUUUUUUUAGUCUCUUUGAGGAAUGUUACUACAGAAUAGGAUGUUUUGUAUAUAAGACAUAUUUUGUGCAUGUAUAAUGUAAGAUAAAGAUGAUUUCUUGCACUAAAAAAAGCAGUAUUUGAUCUCUAAAGACCAUGUCUGUGUGCCAUGCCAUCCGUCAGGUGUGAAAGAGGACCGCAACCUCCUCUCGCCUGGUUCGGGGCUGGUCUAUUCUGGGACAGUGUGGGUGUUUGCCCCUCUCAGCGGUCUCCUCACCCUCCACCCUGAUGGCUCCAUCAACAGCAUCCACAACCACCUGGCACUCAGUCUCCUGGGCUUUGGGAAUGCUGAGCUACAGGGGAAGGUAUUAAAAUUGCACCUCUUCUGUCAUACACUCUGGUUCAAUCAAUCAAAUGUAUUUAUAAAGCCCUUUUUACAUCAGCAGAUGUCAGUGCUUAUACAGAAACCCAGCCUAAACCAACCCCCCCCCCCCCCCCCCCAGGAGCAAUGCAGAUGUAGCAGCACAGUGGGAAGGAGUUUUACUUAAGCAGUAAGGCCCGAGGGGCAGUUGUAUAUGGCCAAUAUACCAUGGCUAAGGGCUGUUCUUAAGCAUGACGCAACGCAGAGUGCCUGGAUACAGCCCUUAGCUGUGGCAUAUUGGCCAUAUACCACAAACCUCCGAAGUGCCUUAUUGCUAUUAUAAAUUGGUUACCAAUGUAAUCAGAGCAGUAAAAAUAAAUGUUUUGUCAUACCCGUGGUAUACGGUCUGAUAUACCGUGGCUUUUAGCCAAUCAACCAAUGCUGUUCUACUAUACCCAAUAUUCAUCAUUAUCAUAAUGAUGAACUCUGCAGCCUUCAUUGUGUUUUCAGUUAUUGGCUGAUGCAAAAGAGACUCAUUUUAUGGACCUCUGGAUUCAAUAAGCUGUAGUGGGUUCCCUAACGUAGCUCUCUAGAGUUGUUUCUACUCCAGGGUUGGGGUCAAUUCAGAAAGUAAACCACAUUCCAAAUGUUCCUAAUUGAAGAGAAUUGUACUUCAGUGUACUUACUGAAUGUUCUGGAAUUUACCCUAAUCCUGCUCCACUAACUGUCUUUGUCGUGUGUCCUACAGGAUGUCACGUUCCUGAUGCCUGCUUUCUAUGAUUGGUUCUGUGGCUUGGAGAAUGGUUCCAGUCCCCUACCCCACCACCCAGUGGGUGGGCUUCUACACACAGGCUUGUCAAACCCCUCUACCUGCAGCAACACAGGUGACUCAUCUGUAGUUCAGUUUCUCUCUCCAUCGUAGGUGGAUAUCUGUAUUUCUCUCUUAGUUCUUGAUGGCUGUCGUAGUGUAUGCAGGCUUUUGUUCCAUCCUAGCACUAGCACACCUGAUUCAGCUAAUCAACUAUUAAUCAAAGACCUUGAUUAUCCCAGUUGUGUACAGAUGUGCUAUCUUAAUUUGACCAGUUCCUCACAGCAGGAAAAUAAUCCUGCAGCAAAGGAAAUGUGAAUUAUGUUGAUUUUAUAAUUAAUGGACAUUUUUGUAGGGGUUGAUACAUUUUAUAGUUGGGCUAAAUCAAGUCUGACAUUUAAGUGGAAUUUAAAACUUUAGAAUCCUUUUAAAACCUUGAAUACACUACAAUUUGCAUUUGCUGCUUUGCAGGAAAAUUCUUUGUGGCAAAAGUGAUCAAAUUAGGAUAGUACCUCUAAGUGCUGGGCUGGCACAAACGCCUGCACACACUGUCCCCAGAACCAGGAGUGAGGAACGCUCCCUGUUGUAGAGCUGAACACUAGUGACAGGGACACGAGGCCUCUGAACCGCUAUUGCCCUCAAACUCCACUCUGGACCUCGAAGCAAGUUCCCACAGCAUUUUCACUGCGUAAUUGGGGACUGAUUUAGACCUGGGACACCAGGUGUGUGCAAUUAAUUAUCAGGUAGUAAAGAAAACCAGCAGGCUCCGGUCCUCGUAGGGGAAGAGUUGAAUACCCCUGCUCUAUUGGUUUAGCACCUGGGCUGGGUUAAAUACUAUAAUCCAAUUGGUGCUUUCCACUCCAUGAAAACAAACCCUAUUGGAUGGCAGCCAGCUGUGGGUGUUUGUCAGAUUUCCAGUAGACUGAGCAGUAACUGUUCCCCUCCAUCUCACUCCUUCCAGACCCCUGUGGAUACUCGGGUCAUCUUAACCCUGUCCCUGCUACUAGCAUGGUCAUCCAUCCCAUUCACACACUCCCAAUGGGAGGCAAACUUCAACAGGGAAAAGGUUGGCUCUCACUCAUCACUAACUUACAUUUCUGAAAUGUUACUAGUGCUUGUUAUUCAUGAAAACAUGUUCCUUUCUACAUAGUCAGUGUGGUCAUCCUCUAUUCAUGUGUCAUUUAGGUGUACCAAUCCACAAACUAAUCUUCCUGUUUUUCAUUGUUUUGCUGAUCACAUCGUUGAUUCUUCAUGUUCAUGGGGUCUGUGUCAAAUCCCCCAAAUCACGUAGUUUUUCAGAAUCCAAGUAAGGUAGUCAAAAGGAAAAACGAUCCUAUGAGUAAUCGUAAAAUCAAUCAAUCUUUUUUUGUUUCUGGGUGUCUAGACCCCAGCUCUCUGCUGGCUGGUGACAUGGCCAUGGUGCAGUAUGCAGGACUGGGGAGAAACCUCUCUACUGGGAAGGGCAGGAUCUUCACUGGGACCAGUACCAGACUGGAGGAGCAUGGCAGCGCUCCCUCCACCCUGCGCCCUCCGGAGAUUACCUCCACACCCAUGGUCAGGUAGGUCACCCAUGGACAAGAUAGUUCAGGCCUGAAAUAACCAUGUAACAUGGGGGGGGGUGUCCUGUUCCCUUUGGGUUUUAUGCUGGUUUUAAUUUCCACCUUGGCCAGUGACACCUGACUUCCCACUUGAAUGAAUCAGACACUAACUAAAAGGCAAUGAUCAAAGUCAGCAGGUGAGAGGCCCUGAGGUAGGCCAGUUGUUUACCGAAUACCAUUUUUGUAGAUGUUAUCCAAAGCGACUUACAGUCAUGCGUGCAUACAUUUUUGUGUAUGGGUGGUCCCGGGGAUCGAACCCACUACCUUGGCGUUACAAGCGCCGUGCUCUACCAGCUGAGCUACAGAGGACCACAUGAAUGGUAGGGGUUGACAUGGGCCUGGGCCUAACUGUCCCUAGGGGCUGAUAUGGGGCCUAACUGUCCCCAGUGUUUCUGUAGGGGCUAGGGGUGUAACUAGGUAUCUCUCCACAGGGCUGAUGACACUACAGAACUGAUGGAAGAGGCAGCCCAGGUUGCCCCGUGUCCCAGUCAGUGUGACAGUGGAGACAACACCCACGACCUGCUACAGUCCUUUGCCCUGGUGGAGAGGGGCGACACGCUCUGCCUGUCACUCACUCACCCUCCAACUUGUAGCCCAGGACGGCAGCUCCUCAACGGGGUGGGACCAGGUAUGAAUUGGCUAAAUGUUCAGAGUUUUAGCUAGACAAAACAUUUGAUUUUGAUAUGUUUGAGGUCCAAAUUCACUUCAAAUUUUCCUCUGAGAAUGAACUUUAAUGUAUAAAUGUGUUAUUUGUAUUACUUAAGACACUCCAACCAUGGAUGAGCACAGCGGAGCACGGCCCUGCCGCCCUACCCCACACCAUGCCAAAGACCCUCAGCAGCCGUGUGACCCUGUCGGCCCUGCAGGACUCCAGCUUCGAGGUGAUCUCCCUGGGCAGCCGCUCCUCCUCGGGGUUCUGUGAGAAGUGGGCUGGGUGUCAUGGGGGGUCCGGUCCGAAGGAGGUCACCUCCCGGACCGCCCAGGUUGUGGACUCAGCCAGCUGCUACCUGGACCUGGACACCAACGGGGAACUGGUGACCCGGGCCAUGGCCGACCUGGACCUGAGUGGAAUUCUAGAGCUGCCUAGUGUUGGGGGAGAUGAUGACUUCUCCCAUACCUCGGUUGAUACCGCCGAGCUCCUGCGAACCCCUUCACCGUAUGUGGUCGAGUCCGACCAGGAAGAGGGACCCGGCUGUGUGGAGGUCCAGAACAGUCAAUUAAAUGGAGCGGCGGGGGAGGAAGAACGGGACCAGUGGGCUGUGUUCUCUGUUCUCCACAAUGGCCAAAGCCAGGACUCUAGACAGAUCAAUGGAGGGAUGCAGUUGCUCUCGGACACCCCUCCCACCACCUCCACCCCUAAGAAGCAGCAGGUGAAUGAGUCCUCUCCAUCCUCCAAGGUCCCAAAGCAGAUCACAGAGGGGAGCUAUGAUGGAAAUGUUUACCACCGGGAUGGAACAAGAAUCGGUUGGUACCUCUUCACAAGCUCUCACUUAGCCUUUCUCUUUGAGCUGAGCUUCCAGGUUUAGAGCAACUCCACGCGCGUGGUACUCCUUGAUUACAAAGUUAGUUUCAUAACUACGAUGAUUAAUUCUAGCCACUCUUCCCCUCCCUCUCUUUUCUCCUCUCUCCAGAGGUGCAGUGUGAGAUCCAUAGGGCUGAGCUUGAUGGGGCCAGGUGUGUGUUCUGUGUGUGGCUGAGUAGGCCUGGACAGCAGGAGGCCAUGCUGUGUUAUAGUGGCUUCUACAGCAGCAGAGCUUCACUACAGGACUCAUCUGCACUCAGUCUGGGAGAGGUCAGUACUCCUGCUUAAUCUGGAAAAAUCACAUUUAUUUAAUUAAUCGUGUGGUUGAUUUGGACAGGGUGACAGACACAUUUUUAUUUUUUUGCUUUCACCCUGCCCAGUAAAGAUAUGAGUAUUGCGCUACAGACAUUGAUGUAUUCACACCUCUUUACAUUUUCCACAUUUUGUUGUUACAAAGUGGGAUUAAAAUGGAUUUAAUUUUUAUUUUAUAUAUAGAUAUCUACACAAAAUACUCUAGUCAAAGUGGAUGAAAGAUUCUAUCAUAUUUGUAAAAAAAAAUUAUAAAAAUAAAACACUAUCUUGAUUAGAUAGGUAUUCAACCCCCUGAGUCAAUACAUGUUAGAAUCACUUUUGGCAGUGACUACACUGAGUCUUUCUGGGUAAGUACCUAAGAGUUUUGCACACCUGGAUUGUACAAUAUUUGCCCAUUUUUAUAAAAAUUCUUCAAGCUCUCAAGUUGUUGAUCAUUGCUAGACAGCCAUUUUCAAGUCUUGCCAACUGAUUUUAAGUCAAAACUGUAACUAGGCUACUUGGGAACAUGCAAUGUUGUCUUGAUACGCAACUCCAGUGUAUAUUUGGCUUUUUUUAGUUUUAUUGUCCUGCUGAAAGGUGAAUUUGUCUCCCAGUGUUUUGUUGGAAAGCAGACUGCACCAGAUUUUCAUCUAUUCGGUUUCUUUUUAUCCUAAACUACCUAGUCCUUGCCGAUGACAAGCAUACGCAUAACAUGAUGCAGCCACCACCAUGCUUCAAAAUAUGAAGUGGUACUCGGAUUUUCCCCAAACAUCCCGCUUUAUAUUCAGGACAUAAAUUCAUUUCUUUGCCACAUUUUUUUUUGCAGUUUUACUUUAGUGCCUAAUUGCAAACAGGAUGCAUGUUUUGGAAUAUUUUUAAUCUGGACAGCCUUCCUCCUUUUCACUCUGUCAAUUAGGUUAGUGUUGUGGAGUAACUACAAUGUUGUUGAUCCAUCCUCAGUUUUCUCCUAUCACAGCCAUUAAACUCUGUAACUGUUUUAAUGUCACCAUUGGCCUCGUGGUGAAAUCCCUGAGCGGUUUCCUUCCUCUCCGGAAACGGAGUUAGGAAGGAUGCCUGUAUCUUCAUAGUGAGUUGAAUACUUAUUGACUCAAGACAUUUCAGCUCUAAAUUUGUAAAAAUUGAAAAACGUUCCACUUUGACAUGGGGUAAUGUGUGUAGGCCAGUGACAACCUCAAUUUAAUCAAUUUUAAAUUUGGGCUGUAACACAACAAAAUGUGGAAAAAGGUGAGGGGUGUGAAUACUUUCUGAAGGCACUGUAUUUGUGUAUUUUGACUCAGGCGAUCUUGGAGGCCAGCCGUGGCGGGGCCGGGGAGGCGCUGCUCUCCACUUUGGACCUGGACCAUUCCCGUGCGUGCGAUGGCCAGUUCUCAGAGGUGUACCAGCCGCUCCACGCCGUGGGGAAAGGGGCCUUCGGCUUCGUGUGGCAGGCUUGCAGACGCUCUGACAGACAGAAGGUGAGACUGACUGGGGACUCUCUCCUUUUACUAGUAAAGAUGAAGACCGACAACACUUGCACACCUGAGUACCAUGACAAGUCUUUAUGGAGGACAGUGUUCCAAAACUCAGGUUAAAAAAAAUAUAUAUUAAAAUUGUCUGACUCAAACUGUAUGACCUCUCUGUGGGCGCUUCAUGCUCACAAUAUUUCACUGUGCAUCCAUAUUCAGUUUUUGGAAUGUUUUGAAGUAAUGGAUUUGCAUAGUCAAAUAGUGUUUUAAAAGUGUUUGUCCCUCUCUUAUGUGUGUAGGUGGUGGUGAAGUUUAUCAGGAAGGGCAGGAUAGUCGGUGAAUGCUGGGUGGACGACCCCGUGCUGGGCCGUGUCAGCCAGGAGAUCGCCAUACUCACCCGCCUGACACACCACAACAUCGUCAAGGCAACAACUUUUAGUUUGUUUCUAAUGUGGUUCUCAGCGGUAACCCACAUCUCCUCCAUACAGAAUAACACAAACGUUUAUCCUCUUUACCUCUCUCUAUUCCCUAUCUCCAUCUGUUUCUCAGGUCCUAGAGGUGUUUGAGAACGAGGGUUACUUCCAGAUGGUGAUGGAAAAGCACGGGGAUGGUCUGGACCUGUUUGAGUUCAUAGACAAACAGCCCCAGCUGGACGAGCCUCUGGCCAGCUACAUCUUCAGACAGGUACGGGACAGAACACCUGUGUGUAGAAAGGAAACAGAAAUAUGAGCAGCAAUAUAAAUGUGAUAAUGAUGGGUAUUGUGUGAAAAGUCACCUCUUUCUGUUUCACCAUUUUUUAUUUUAUUUGUCCAUUGCCCUCUCUGUCCCUUUAAUCCUUUUUCUCUCCAGUUGGUGGCAGCGGUGGCGUAUCUGAGGAACAACGGCAUCCUCCACAGGGACAUCAAGGAUGAGAACAUCAUCAUUAACACAGAGUUCCACAUCAGACUCAUAGACUUUGGCUCUGCCGUCCCACUGGCUCCAGGGAAGCUUUUCUACACCUUCUGUGGCACACUGGAGUACUGCUCCCCAGAGGUGCUGCAGGGCAACCCGUAUGUACCCACAGGUUGUUUUUUUUCUGGAUCAAAAAGGGGCUUAGGUAGUGUGCUUGUCAGGGUCAUGAUGGGAGUAGUGGCAUUGGACCCGUCGGCGCGGCUGAAUUUUAGAGAACGUUUUAGUCCCCAUCUUGGCGGUGUAGAGAAAUGUCUGAAUUUAAGCCAAUUUCCCUCAACUCUACACAUUUCUCUGUGUGGAGCUGAGGAUUUUUUGCAGUUCAAGCUAAUUUUGUGCAAAUCUAUGCAUUUUGCCAUGGCUAAUGCCGUGUUCUUUGGCUGAAACAUAACAAAAUCAAUACUGAUAAAUUCAGUGUUUUGGCUAUUUUCUAUUCUUCCUGACUGUCUAGCUUUUAUUUUGGUGACAUCGUUCUCAUAGAUUAUAUUUUUCCUACAUACGUUAUAUCUGGAUUUUAGUCGUUUAAGUUUACACUGAAAGUUUUUUCCGUUCCCCCCCAAAAAUGAUUUAAAUGGUAAAAUCCCCCCACACACACAGCCACUUCUCAUAGUACCAACACAGGCUGAGGGGGUAGUAUACACAACACAACUGUUAGGACAAAACAGUUUUUGCAACAUGAUUUUAUAAAACUAUAAACUAGGAUAAUCCAUAAAUGAGAACAAUCCUGUUCCAUUUUGUUUACUUACUGUGGGUUCCCUCCCCUGUUUACUUACUGUGGGUUCCCUCCCCUGUUUACUUACUGUGGGUUCCCUCCCCUGUUUACUUACUGUGGGUUCCCUCCCCUGUUUACUUACUGUGGGUUCCCUCCCCUGUUUACUAACUGUGGGUUCCCUCCCCUGUUUACUUACUGUGGGUUCCCUCCCCUGUGUGUUGCGUAGCUACAGUGGUCCAGAGCUGGAGCUGUGGUCUCUGGGGGUGCUGCUCUACACCCUGCUGUUUGGUGAGAACCCUUUCUGUGACAUGGAGGAGACCCUGCAGUCCACACUCAAGCCCCCCUUUCCUGUCUCUCCAGGUAGGACAUCAGUCAGAAAUGGGGUGUAAUAGCGGGAACCGGUUUACCAAGAUUUACUGAGAUUUCCCACCCAAACCCACUUCCGUUUCCCAGGAUAAAUAACUGCUAGAAACACGUAAACAUGUAAUGGAACUGUUUAAAUUAUACUGAACAAAAAUAUAAAUGCAUGUUUCAUGAGCUAGAAUUAAAUGUCUCAGAAAUGUUUCGUAUGCACCAAACGCUUAUUUCUCUCAAAUUUUGUGCACAUUUAUUUAUAUCCCUGUUAGUGAGCAUUUCUCCUUUGCCAAGAUAAUCCAUCCACCUGACAGGUGUGGCAUAUCAAGAAGCUGAUUCAACAGCAUGAUCAUUACACAGAUGCACCUUGUGCUGGGGACAGUAAAAGGCCACUCUAAAAUGUGCCGUUUUUUCACAACACAAUGCCAACCGGCCUCACAACCACGUAUGGUGUUGUGUGGGUGAGCGGUUUGCUGAUGUCAACGUUGUGAACAGAGUGCCCCGUUGUGGGGUUAUGGUAUGGUUGGGCAUAAGCUACGGACAGUGAACACAAUUGGUUUUUUUUCGAUGGCAAUUUUAAUGUACAGAGAUGCCGUGACGAGAUCCUGAGGCCCAUUGUCGUGCCAUUUAUCCGCCACCAUCACUGCAUGUUUCAGCAUGAUAAUGCACAGCCCCAUGUCGCAAGGAUCUGUAUACAAUUCCUGGAAGCUGAAAGUGUCCCAGUUCUUCCAUGGCCUGCAUACUCACCAGCCAUGUCACCCAUUGAGCAUGUUUGGGAUGCUCUGGAUCGACAUGUAUGACAGCGUGUUCCAGUUCCCGCCAAUAUCCAGCCAUUGAAGAGGAGUGAGAAAACAUUCCAUUAUUUUUUUGCAGUUUAAAACGGCCAAUCACUCGAAUAUCGUUGCUUUAAAUCUGUGCGCACACGAGCACUCUUUCUGCCGUUCUCUAUCUGUUCAAUUCAAGUUGCAUCCAAAAUGGAUAAUUGUGUUCAAGAUUUGUAUACAGUGUACAAAACAUUAAGAACACCUUCCUAAUAUUGAAUUGCACCCCCUUUUGCCCUCAGAACAGCCUUCUAUUUAACUAGUGAUUGGUUAAUAUACAUAAGUUUCUAACUUAUAACCUCUGUCUUCACUCUUGUGCAAUAUGCGCCUGCUCUCCUCUGGCCUCCUUUAUAGCUCUUGUGGAGUCCCAGUAAAAGCUACUACAAUAGCAUUUUUUCUUGAACUGGUAGACUUUGAAGAGGGAUUCUGAAUGUUAAAUACAACAGCCUAAAGAAAUCUGAGUUUUAAGAGUGAACGCGCAAUGGCGGUACAGUUAUUUGUCCAAAAACACAACCUUUCAAUGAUGAGAAGCGAAUUAUUCAAGCAUGUCAUUACAAUGAUGACGAGGACAACUUAUUUUAUUUAACUGAGCGCGAGGAAGGAAGGAAGCAACAAAUAGGAGGUAAUAUGCACAACAUGAAAGGUAGGCUGUCAGACUACUAAUUAUAAAAAUGUACAAUUAUAUUUUACAAUUAUAGGCCAGCGAAUUUGAUUUUAACUUUGUAGGCCGCAUGUCCUGCACCAGCAUCGCGUGUCCUCUCCCAGCUUCAUAGUUUGAACGAGGGGUGAAAUUCCAGUCAAAUAAUACAGUCCACACUCAAAGAUUACUGGAGCUUGUUUCAUUUAUUUAUCCAAGAGUGUAUAUACAUCUAUGGACUUCUUCUUCAGUGGUGCAUAAUGUGCAGUAGCCUAUAUAGGCCUAUCAUACUGUAUGUAUUGGAUAACGGAACAAUCAUUUGGGCUCAUAAAUGGUAUUUUAAUGUAGGGCUCAUCUGCCUCAGGUAGCAUCCGGCUUGAAUUUUCAUGCCGAUCAAAUCCAGACAUAUGCUUUAAUGGCACUUCCAGUUUUGGCGGGAAAUACCGGGUUACCCGGGAGUAAAGUGAUUUUUAUUCUUUGUGGCAUUUUAUCAGUAAAAUUGACCAACAGCCUAAUUUUCUGUUUUCUUCUCCACAACCCUGCUACUAAACAGUCAGGUGCAAGGUGUCUGACCUCUUCCUGUGCUCCCCAGACCUACAUGCUGUGCUGUCAGGGAUGUUGCAGCCUGACCCCCAACAGAGGAUGACCCUGGAGCAGCUCCUGCUGCAGCCCUGGAUACGCCAGCCCAUCUGCCUGGCUGACUACAGCUGGGAAGAGGUGUUCCCCUACUGCAAGAGCCACGGUCAGUGGAGGCGAAGAGACCCUCUCUUGUUGUUCCAUCUGUUCAUUCUAAUCUCCCAAUAGCUAAACAAGACAAACCACUUUAGUCUGUAGGGUACAGUGUCCAUAUUUAAUACAUCCUCAGACUCCCGAGUGGCACAGCGGUCUAAGGCACUGCAUCUCAGUGCUUGAGGCGUCACUACAGACCCCCUCGUUCGAUUCCAGGUUGUAUCACAACCGGCCGUGAUUGGGAGUCCCAUAGGGCGGCGCACAAUUGGCCCAGCGUCGUCCGGGUUUGGCCGUUGUAGGCCGUCAUUGUAAAUAAGAAAUUGUUCUUAACUGACUUGCCUAGUUAAAUAAAGGUAAAAUAAAUACAAAUAAAAUUCACCCAUAGUCACUUUCCUCUCUUCACAGCUCCCCCACAGUACCACGAGUCCGUUCCUGGGGAGUUUCUAGGCCAGGGCUUGUACCCGGAUGCUAGAGAUGAUUCUUCACUUCCUUCUGAUGAUGACGAUGAGAGGUCCGUGGAUGCCAUGACAACUGAACUCAUGAAGUACCUCUCUGAUGAAUGA